AUGUCUGUCAAACCUUUCAACCAUCCUGUUUUUGCUGCACUUGAAAAGAAGAGGUUUAUCCUUGCGUCUACGUCUCCAAGAAGAGCAGAGAUUCUGCAAAGUCUUGGGAUCAAGGACAUCGAGAUCAUAGCCUCUUCGUUCGAAGAGAACUUAGAUAAGUCCAUUCGCACACCAGAGGAGGUAAGUGAAGAAUUGAAUAUUUUAGCACGGCGCUUUCCAAAAAAAAAUCAAAGCUUAAUCGCGUUACUAAUUUGUGAAGUACGUCUUAGACACCGCCCGUGGCAAGGCAUUGGCAGUAUGGAGUCUGCUAAAACAGCAGGGUACAACUCAAGACCUGGUUUUGUUGGCUGCAGACACCAUUGUCGAGAAUGA